GGGGCGGGGUGACCUCACGCCGGUCUGGCCUCUGCGGCCAUUAAACUCGUUCUCUUUGCAGUGGCGGCCGCGCUGCCUCCAAGUCCGAGAGCUGAGAAAGCGAACUCCAGCCUGAAACUGAGGGUCCACGUCACGAAAGAAGAUGCGCGCGCCCAUCCCAGAGCCCAAGCCUGGAGACCUGAUUGAGAUUUUCCGGCCUUUCUACCGACACUGGGCCAUCUACGUUGGCGAUGGAUAUGUGAUCCACCUGGCCCCCCCAAGUGAAAUUGCGGGAGCUGGUGCUGCCAGCAUCAUGUCCACCCUGGCUGACAAGGCCAUAGUGAAGAAGGAACUGCUGUAUGACGUGGCCGGGAGGGACAGGUACCAGGUCAAUAACAAACACGAUGGCAGGUACACACCGCUGCCUCCGAGCAAAAUCAUCCAGCGGGCGGAGGAGCUGGUGGGGCAGGAGGUGCUCUACAAACUGACCAGCGAGAACUGCGAGCACUUCGUGAACGAGCUACGCUACGGAGUCCCCCGCAGCGACCAGGUCAGAGAUGCCAUCAUGGCAGUUGGCAUCGCAGGAGUGGGCCUGGCAGCUGUGGGCCUCAUUGGAGUCAUGUUCUCAAGAAACAAGCGACAAAAGCAAUGAGUUGAAGGGACUGUGCUGUCAGCAAUGACUUUAUACUUUAAGGGGGUCCUGUUUGGUUAGAAGCUUUGAGGUUUGGUUUAUGGAUUUCAUUCUGUUUUAUAAUAAGGCUUAUUUUCACAGAAUAAAAUAAAGC